AUGUUCUCGUGCAACAAAUGUGAAUAUGAAGGUCCAGCAAAUGUAAGACCAUUUCAUUUAAAAAUGCAUCUAAAAGAAACUGCUGGAGCUGCAAUUUAUACCUGUAACAUCUGUUUGUACAAAUGUCCAGAUGAAGCUAUAAUGGAGCAUCAUAAGAAUUCUCACAUUGAAACUGAAUGUGAGAACAUAAAUGAAGGAGAGGUAGCUUUUGAAAACAAUUUUGACUAUCACAUUGAAAUAGAGCGCCAAGCAAGCAAAUAUAUUUGUGAUAUCUGCCAUAAAAGCUUUGCAAAAAAAUAUUGUCUGGAUCUUCACUAUAGAAUUCACAAUAACGAAAGACCUUUUGUGUGUCCAUACUGUGAUAAAGGAUGGAUACAAAAAAGUGAUUUAGAAAAUCACUUGCGUGUACAUACAGGUGAACGUCCCUUUUCAUGCAAUGUUUGUAAUGCAACAUUCGCUAGAAAAACUAAUUUAAAUAUGCAUUUGAGAAAGCAUUCAGGGAAACUGCCAUAUUCUUGUAAUAUAUGUGAAAAGAAAUUUAACUACAAGCAAGGAUUAGACUAUCAUUUGCGGAUACAUUCUGGUGAACGCCCAUAUGUUUGUGGUGUUUGCAAUGCUACCUUUAAACAAACUUCUACAUUAAGAUACCAUAACAUAAUGAAACACUCGGCGCAAUUAGAAUUUAAAUGUGAAGUGUGUAAUAAACAAUUUUCUGGCCGAAGUAAUUUCAUUAUCCAUUGUAAAAGUCAUACUGGAGAAAAACCCUAUACAUGUGAGUACUGCAAAAAAAAAUUUACAAAAAAGUUCUUGCUGGCUAACCACAUUCGAACUCACACAGGUGAAAAGCCCUUUGCAUGUAAUUUGUGCAAUAAAAGUUAUAGUCAACGAGUUAGUUUAAACUAUCAUAAAAAAAAACACAUUGAGAAACCAUUUGAAUGUUUCUUAUGUGAUAAGAAAUUUGCAACAAAGAAUUUGUUAGAUGAACAUAUUAGUACUCAUGUUGAUGUCAUAAAAAAAGUUGAACCUGAAGAAACUGAAGAAAGCGAAGCUGACGAUUUCUAUCUUUUGAUUGUAUAG